AAUAUUACUACAACAACUAUUCAUACAUAACAUAAACAUGGCCUUCAAACCCUUUCUUUCUUCUUCUUUCACCUCAAUUCUCCUCAUCUUUCUACUACCAUUGUUGUUCUCUUCGGUGGCCAAGGCCGCCGACAUUUGUGCUUCCACGCCUUAUCCAUCCUUGUGUAGGUCUCUUCCAAAUAACAACAAUGCCACGGCUAAUGUCUAUGACUAUGGCCGCUCUUCCUUCACCAGCUCCUUGUCAAAAGCUCGGACUUUCUUGUCAUUAACACAGAAUUUUCUGCAAAGAAACUCUGACUUAACACCCGGAGCUAUUGCUGCUCUUGAAGAUUGCCGCGUACUGGCUGAGCUAAACGUGGAUAAUAUUCUAGAAUCUUCCAAAGUGAUCAGCCAGGCUCAGAGUCUGUCAACUUCAGAAAUGGAAAGUGUUCAUACAUUGAUGAGUUCCAUCUUAACAAACGCGCAGACUUGCUUAGAUGGACUCGAACAAGCUGCUCCCUCUUGGAGCUUAAAAGAUGGAGUCUCCAUUCCUCUUGUUAAUGCUACUAAACUCUAUAGUGUUUCUUUAUCACUUUUCAAAACUGGAUGGGUUCCGAAAACAAUGAGUAUGCCAGUUUCUUAUGCUCCUAGGACUUUAGGGGCAUUUGUGAACGGUCGAUUCCCAUUUAAAAAGGCUGGCCAGGGCAGUACUAAUUUUGAAAAACUAGGUGGAAGAAAGCUCCUUCAAGAUGGUGGUGGUGAUUAUAUAGUGGUGAGUAACAUUGUUAUUGUGAGCCAAGACGGAACUGGGGACUUUAGUACUAUUAAUGAGGCCUUAUCUAUGGCUCCCAACAAGACUCUAGCGAGUGCUGGCUACUUUGUGAUCUAUGUCACUGCUGGAGUCUACGAAGAAUAUGUGUCCAUUCCGAAGAACAAUAAGUAUGUGAUGAUGAUUGGCGAUGGAAUUAAUCAGACAGUCAUCACUGGCAACCGUAGUGUUGCGGAUGGCUUCACAACUUUCAAUUCUGCAACAUUUGCUGUUGUGGGAGACGGAUUUGUAGCAGUGAACAUAACAUUCAGAAACACGGCAGGGGGGGCUAAUCAUCAGGCUGUCGCGAUGAGAAGUGGGGCGGAUUUGUCAACAUUCUAUAGCUGCAGUUUCGAAGGGUAUCAAGAUACCCUUUAUACACACUCCAAUAGGCAAUUUUACACAGAAUGUGACAUAUAUGGCACCGUGGACUUCAUAUUUGGUAACGCAGCUGCUGUGUUACAAGAUUGUAACAUUUAUCCACGUCUACCUCUGUCUGGCCAAUUCAAUGCUAUUACUGCACAAGGAAGGACGGAUAUAAACCAGAACACGGGCUAUUCCAUACAGAAUUGUAAUAUCAGAGCUGCUGAUGACUUGGCCUCGAGCAGUGGAAGCACGCAGACAUAUCUUGGAAGGCCUUGGAAAUUGUAUUCAAGGACAGUUUAUAUGCAAUCUUUUAUGGAUAGUUUGAUUAACUCCCUUGGUUGGCAUGAAUGGUCUGGAACUUUCGCGCUGGAUACAUUGUAUUAUGCUGAGUAUAGCAACACGGGGCCUAAAUCAGACACUAGCGGUAGAGUUACAUGGACUGGAUAUCGACCCUCUUUAAAUGAAACUGAAGCCGCUGCUUUCACUGUUACCAACUUCAUAUCUGGAGAUGACUGGUUACCUCUAACAGGAGUGCCAUACUCAAGUGGCUUAUAAUAGAGAACAAUAUACUAGUAGCUAGCUAAUUAGCUUGCUUUCUGUGUUCUUGAUUCUUUAACAAAUUAUUGUAUAGAAUAAAUAAGCAUGUAAGCAGAACAGGUUUACAUUGAAAGAACCCCAAGUUUGUAUGAUCAAAAGUUGAACUUUGAAGA